CGAACACCGAAGUACAAGACAUAAUUGUUAUCAUUAAUUAAUAAUCAGUCGAUGUUAUUACGUUUUACACUUUUUGUACAGUGAUCGGUCGUCGAUCAUUAAAAUUUAAAAGUUAAAAGCGGUCGUCGGCGGUGGAAGAGAAGACGAAAACGAUCUCGAUCGACGCCGUCACACCGCUCGGCAAGACGACAAGUAGUCCCGUCGUUCAGUACCUCCGCGUCAUUCGCGUGUUUCAGUCCGUCUCUGCCUUGUGUGCGAUCUGUUCUGUCGGCAGACAUUCACGUUUAGUAGUCGGCACUCGGCAGAUAGUACUGCAACGCACGUACGUAUUUCCAGACGCGGACAGUCUUACAAAGCGUGCAUGUCCGGUAUUCCGGUGUCCACCAUCGCCGUUCGAGACGGUUACGACUCGUCGCGCCGCAUCUAGUGACGUAUGUAGAUUCAGCGGCGGUUGUUUGCUGCUCGUUAUUUGUGUUUCCAAUAAAUCAUCAACACACCAACAUCACACGAAACCGAUAAUAUUUAAUAAUUUACUUUUAAAACUUAUGUUAAAUGUAGUACUAAUUUUAUUUUUGUACAAUACUUGAUUUAUAUGAACAGAAAAUAGGUAGGUAACGCAGCAAUACCGACAGAUUUGAGAUAAUACGCCAAAUAAUUAAUUAAUACUUGUUUUUGGUUCUAUUUCUCUUCUCAGAAUCCCGCCUGCAUUCGUCAUCGUUAGUCUUAGACUCUCGGGUGCAAUCAAUUCAACAGAGUCUUCACACGACUAAAAAAUGUUGUUACGUUGUAACGGCCAUGUCUUGGCUGUCCUGCUUAUAGUAACACUCAGUACUGCCCCAGCAUGUGCAGAACUUAUUGGCCUGUACGAAGACACUGAUCUAAUGGAAAUAUUGGAUAAUACCAAUUUUAAUGACAAAGUAUUGCAAGGAAACACAUCUUAUGUGAUUGAGUUUUACAAUGCCUUUUGUGGACAUUGUAUACGAUUCUCGACCCCUUGGAAAGGAUUUGGAAUUCAAGUCUACGGAUGGAGAAAAUAUGUGAAAGUUGGUGUAAUUGAUUGUUCAAACGAAAUAAAUAGCCAAAUAUGCCGAGAUUACGAAAUCAUGGCUUAUCCUACUAUACGCUACUUUCCUCCUAGGCCAGCAUCAAAUGAUAUUGGACAAGAUUUUAUUAGAUCUUUUAAUAUACAAGUUAUGAAGGAUUUUCUUAUAAAAAUGCUUCAAGAAACUCAAAAAAAUACAAGUGUAUCAACUUUGUGUGAUAUACAACCCUAUGAAAAGGUUAAUGUAGAAUUGGAUAUAAAUAAUAUUUUAACAUUUAUUAUAAUUGAUGAGGCAAAUAAUAAGCUUGCUCAGGAGCUUAUUAUUGAUUUCUGUCCAGUCAAAAAAGUUAAAAUAAUAAGUGUAUUAAGCUUUAAUACAGAAUUGGCUGACCUAUUAAAAACAGAAACAUAUCCAAGUCUUUAUCUUGUUGAAAACAAUAACCAAUUCAAACUUUUAGCAAGUGGAAAUAACAAAACGAAUUUUACCAAUACCAUCAAUAAAUAUUUGGAAACAGUGCACAUGACUCCAUUCAGCUUAAUUGAUAUUACUACAACGCUUUAUAAUUUAUUAUUUAAAAAAGACAAAGGUUCAACGCAUAAUGAUAACACAGUUUAUUUGUCAGAUUUAGAAGCUACAUUAAGAUAUUCUCUGGAACAUGAGAUUCUAUCACGAAGUGUUAUCUCUGGUGAAUCAUUAAAUGCAUUGAAUAGUUACUUGGAACUUCUUAUUGAAUGUUUUCCUUCUAGCAUUAGAAGCAAAAAAUUCAUUAAGUUAAUAUGGGAUCAUACACGUUUCAAUAAAACAGUUUCAGGAGAGAAACUUGGAAAUUUUAUUAACAACUAUGACAUUUUGUUAAAACCUUAUGUUACUAAUCAUAUUUGGAUUGGAUGUGAAGGUAGUCAACCAAUGUAUAGGAAAUAUCCAUGUGGCUUAUGGACAAUGUUUCAUACACUUUCAGUACAAGCAGCUAUAAAGAAUUUGAAAACAUUUAAUGGAAAACAAGUUUUGGAAACUAUUGCUGGUUAUGUUAAACAUUUUUUUGGAUGUACAGAUUGUUCUGAACACUUCAUGAAUAUGGCUACCACAAUUCAAACUAAUGUUUCUUCUUUGGAUGAUGCAGUGCUGUGGCUUUGGUCGGCUCAUAAUCAAGUGAACCAAAGACUUACAGGUGAUGUUACUGAAGAUCCAAUGCAUCCAAAAGUAUUAUUUCCUCUGAAAGUACAUUGUGAAACAUGUUAUCAAAAUGGUACUGUUGGGUGGAAUAAAACUGAAGUGCUAAAAUAUUUGAAAAAUAUGUAUUCAGCCAUUAGUCUUCAAAAGAUACCAUAUAAUAAUAUUAAUUCUCAACCUAAAAAUUUUAUUAACUCAAGUAAAAGAUCCAUUAAUGAUGAUGAUAUUAACUAUAAUAAUAAUAUGUUUGAUGAAAAAGAAUGGAUGUUUGAUGUUAACACUUGUAUGGUUACAUAUAUAUUGUCAUGUAUUGUAUUAAUGACUUUAUUUUAUUUACUAAUAGUGAAGAAGCAUUGUAAAAAAAAUAAAUAUAUUUAUUUUAUACUGGGUAAAGUUUGAUUGUUACUCUAACUU